GACGGCUCGGCUCGGAGGCGAUGAGCUCCCAGGAGGGGCAAAGGCUGCCCGUGCUGCCGGGCUUUUCGUCCCGGGACCCGACGAAAACUGAUUUUCGUCGCCCUCAGACUCUCAGUUACAAGAAUGGUUUUGCCGUUCGUCGACUGCCGACUGUGGGGAUAGGUGGAGAGCAACUUCACGUCAACCAGUUGUCCCAAGCUGAGUUAGAUGAACUGUCCAACAAGCGACCCACGCUAACCUACGGCCAACCCAAGCAAGCGCCGCCCUCGGACUUUAUCCCAGCACAUGUCGCUUUUGACAAAAAGGUGCUGAAGUUUGAUGGCUACUUUCAAGAAGAUGUCCCCAUAUCUACUGAAGAGCAUUUCCGCGUCCGGCAAGUCAGCAUUUACUACUACCUAGAAGAUGACAGCAUGUCUGUCAUGGAGCCCAUUGUGGAAAACUCAGGGAUUCCUCAGGGGAAGUUGAUCAAACGGCAGCGCAUGCCCAAGAAUGAUCGUGGGGAUCAUUAUCACUGGAAAGAUCUCAACCGAGGCAUCAACAUUACGAUCUACGGCCGGACGUUCCGGAUCGUCGAUUGUGAUGCGUUCACUCAGACUUUUCUAGAGAGCCAAGGGAUUGAUCUGAACCCCCCAGAGAAAAUGAUCUUCGACCCUUACACAGAGCUGCGUAAAAUGCCUCUGCGCAAGUACAUCACACCAUCAGAUUUUGACCAGAUGAAACAAUUCCUGGCUUUUGACAAAAAAGUCCUUCGUUUCUAUGCCACAUGGGAUGACACUGAGAACAUGUUUGGUGAGAGACGGCGUUUUAUCAUUCACUACUAUCUGGCAGAUGAUACUGUGGAGGUGAGAGAAUGCCACGAAAGGAAUAAUGGCAGAGACCCUUUCCCCGUAUUGAUAAGACGCCAGCGCCUGCCCAAAAAAUUUGUGGAGAAGAAAGGCGCCUUCCCAGCUUGUGUGCUGGAGAUCUCAGAUCAGGAGGUCCUGGAGUGGCUUUCAGCUAAAGAUUUUGCUGUGGGCAAGUCCACCACCCUUCUUGGGCGCUCUUUUUUAAUCUAUGAUUGUGACGAGUUCACUCAGCAGUUCUAUCAGGACAAGUUUGGCAUCGAUAACUUCAAGUCAGUCGAUAUAAAGAAGCCACCCCCAGAGGAAGUGAAACAGAUAGUCCCUCCCUACAAUGGUUACGGCUCCAUCGAGGACUCUCUCCAGAACUGCUUCAGCCUGAUCCCGCAGCCUCCUAAGAAGAACGUCAUCAAGAUGCUCGAAAAUGACCACAAGGUGUUGCGCUACGCCGUGACCAUGGAGUCUCCAAAUCCUGAGGACAGGAAGCGUCGAUUCAUCCUCUCCUAUUGCCUUGCCACGGACAUGAUCAGCCUCUAUGAGCCUCCUGUGCGCAAUUCAGGAAUCAUUGCAGGCAAAUACUUGAACAAGACCAGAGUUGCUAAGCCAGGCUCCUCCACAGAUUGCCCUGUAUAUUACACACCAGCUGACCUGGCUAUUGGGGCUGUGGUGGAAGUGUUUGGCCGAUGCUUUGUGAUCACUGACGCAGAUAUGUACGUCCUGGAUUAUAUGGAAAGAAAUCCGGAGAGUUUCCCGGCCGAUGUUAUAAAAUCUAUGAGGGAUCACUUUGUACCUCACCGGGCAGCAACAGAGACAAUAAAGAGGCUGGAUGAGAAUGAGCCAGACAAGCAGGAAUUGGAUACAGUCGUGGGGCAGAUACAGGAACACCUGCAGCGACACAGUUACCUACCGGACAGCAGCAUGCAGGCAGCAUUCCUCGAACAAGACAAAGAUGGCUCGGGACUUCUGGGCAAGGCAGAUUUCUUUGCUCUCUGUGACCGCUUUAAAGUUCCCGUCGACGACCCACUUUUUCAGAAGCUCAUCUGCCUUUGUUCUCAUGGGGAAAAUCAGAUAAAAUAUCCCACAUUUCUCCGAGCUUUCUAGUGCUGAUUGCCGUGAAAGAGAAAGCAAGAAAAGGAAGUCCGGAAUUUUCCAUAUAGAUCAAAUGUGUAUUAAUGUAUUAAAGUGUG